CCUUCCCAACGCCUGUGAACUGGGAUGUCCGUAGCUUCAUUUUGAGUUGUCGUUCAGCCUUGUAUGUUUAAACUAAUAUCAAGGUCGAACAUUUGGUUAAGACUGUGAUUCUCUACUAUUCAUGGUUCGUGCAAAAGUCUGUCAACCAAAAUUUAAUACCAAGGCAAAUGCCAAGCGGAUUGCCAACAUCGAGAACUGCUUCGGGAGUUCCGGUCAGCCCCUGGCCGCCCAUGGCCGCGUGCUCGUGGGGGAGGGUGUGCUUACCAAGAUGUGCCGCAAGAAGCAGAAGCCGCGGCAGUUCUUCCUCUUCAACGACAUCCUCGUCUAUGGCAACAUCCUCAUCAACAAGAAAAAGUACAACAAACAGCAUAUCAUACCACUGGAGGAAGUUAAACUGGACAAUCUAGGAGACGAUGGAACUGGACUCAAAAACGGUUGGCUCGUCCGAACGCCGACCAAAUCGUUCGCUGUCUACGCUGCUACUGCCACCGAGAAAACGGAGUGGAUGGCACACAUCAACAAAUGUGUGGAGGACGUCAUAAAAAAAACCGGGAAGUAUCCAACCAAGGAACACGCCGCAGUCUGGGUCCCGGACGCAGAGGCCGGCUACUGCAUGCACUGCCGCAAGACGCAGUUCACCAUGCUGAACCGCCGGCACCACUGCCGCAAGUGUGGAGCGGUGGUCUGUGGGCCCUGCUCCAACCGCAAGUUCCUGCUGCCCGCCCAGGCCAACAAGCCGCUGCGCGUCUGCCUCACCUGCUACGACUCCCUCUCCAGGGCCUCCAUCCUCGAGUCGGCCACGGGGGGCAUGAUCAGAGAGCAAAAAAUGGUUGAAAAGUCAGCUGGGCAGGACUCCUCCGGUGACGAAGACUCCGACGAUGACGACGAAACGGGCGGAAAGCGGUUGGACGACGGAACGGGCAACGGGCUCUCCAAGGACAUGACCGAUAUGACCUUCAACGAGAAGCCGACGUUCUAUGGCGACAUGAUGGCAGAGGCCAAGAGCCCAGAGGCGGAGCUUGCUAGCGAAGCGACAGAGUCGCUGGCGCCACCUGUGGAUGCCGUGCCGGCGACCACGAUCACAGAGAUUUGCGCCGAUCCCUCCAAAGGCUCGCAAACCGAGGACGCUACCCCGGUGCCGCCCGAAAACAACGUCGUCGACCCCAUGGCCACUGGAGAACCGCAUUCCGGCGGACACUAGCCUUUGCCUUCGACGAAUUCCGAUUCGUUCCAACGUUUUCUCUUUCUUAGAAUGUGGCGUCUUCUCCUGGGUCUUCCAAUCCCCACGCAGUUCUGGCGUGGCGCAAUUAGAGUGCGUCGACCCCCGAUUCUUUUUUUAUUUUGUCGAGCACUCGUUAAGGAGUAGGGUCGCAAUGAAAUCUCGUCCGAGUGAAAAGUUUUGUUCCGCUAAUCCAAAUUUUUUUUUUCUUAAAUUUCGUCCUGGACAUUAAACAACACAAAAACUAUGUCUGGUGUAAAUUGUACUUGAGGCAAGGUUCAUGAAAUACUCUUUCUGAAGCCUUCUCUCGGUAAAAUUUGGUAGGUGCUCAGAAUCACAGGUUGCUCAGGGUUGUGUGUAUGGUGCAUAUUUUAUGGUACAUACUGGUGAAUGUUAUGCUUCCCCAUUUCUCAGUUUCGAAUGGUUGCACCAUUCGUGUAUCUGGUAAAGCUACAAGCCUACAGUGGCUUUAGAAGCCUUCGUAAACUGUAAUUAAUCACACCGAAGCUUCUUUCUAUCCAACAUUGCUGUAGUACUUCCACAAAAAACUUGACUAGUAAUCUCUUAUUUGGACGCUUUUAUGAAGAAAACUUCACUCGGGCGGGAUUACAGUGUACCGAGCUUGAAUGUCAGGAAAACUGACACAGUGUCGAACUAUUUAUUCAGAUCUUGGCACCGUUGUCAGUCUUCCCGUUCAUCGGAGUUCUUUAGAGCCAGUUUGAAGCGGAGCAACUGUGUUUCUCGGAAGACGCGUUCGUUGCAACAACCCGUAGCACAGCUUUCUUCUUUUCGCCUAACGUCAUCGAGCACGACUACUUUCUACUUGCCGUUAAGCUAGCCUCGAAGUGCCUCGCAAACCGCAAAUACUGGCACCACAUUGCAAGCCCGGAGGCGGCGGCAUUGUCGUUUUCCCGAGCUCAGUUUGGUAUCUGCGUGCAAACGCAAAAGGCUAUCCCUUCAACAAUAAUGCCAAAACGUAUGACUUUUUUUUUUUUUUUUUUUUGCUGCAAAGUGUUUUAGAAGCAGUUAUAGGACAAGCUUCAAUGUGGAGACGUUGCUUUUAGUGGAAUGCUGCUCCACUUAGUUUUUUCUUGUUUCUCGGUUCUAAUUUAUAUCUACCCUGCUUUCAUGGAAAGUGCAGUGAAGUCUGAGAUGAUGUUGAUUUGGACUUUGCCCUUCCCUUCACUCAUUGGCGCUCGCAGUGCGGAUCAACUUAAGGUCUAGGUUUCUCCUAGAGAAAUCGACGCCGUAACGUGCAGUGUCAAUCCCGUCGUGUUUUGGCAUACGUAUUGCAGUCGCAGCAAGUGCCGUGGAGAUUCGGCGCAUUUCAGACAGGGCAGCAUUCCGAGUGUCUGGUUGCUGCGCUUGUCGCAACCUUUGUUCUAUAACUCAAUAUCUGUGCUGCACCAGUUUUUUUUUUUUUGCCGCCGUCGCGUUCGGCCUUGGUGCUGAGAGCGAAUCCGAACGAAUUUACGAGUUCUUUGUUUCUUUUAAUAUAUAUAGUUUUCGUUAGCAUAUUUAUACACCUUUCCUUAAUACGACCUGCUGCUUCAUCGUCCGUCAGCAUGGGUACGGUGCCUACAAAUGCAUCUCCAACCGGCGUGUUUACUGCGUCUAAAAGAAGACCGGUUCCCCGAUUUCCGCCGGACGACUUCUUUAAAGUGCCACGUCGUCACCAGGCACCGUACUCUCGGCCGACGUUGCCGUACGUUUUCUUUUCAGUUGGGUUGGCUGUAGCGAGGAGAAGUGGAAGACUGUGGAAUUGCUGGGUGUCAAAGUGCCUUUUCACGGGAAGCGCUUGCAGGACAAUGAGAUUAGAGCCAGAACAUUACGUCGUCCUAUACAGUACUGUACAUAGAUGGGGAGCUUGAUUGCCGAAGUUCGUUUCUGGGGCUGCUGGGCUCUCGAUUUCGUUUGCUGUGGGGAACGUUUAUAUACAGGGUUGCUUCUUUUUUUUUUCUUUUCAAUAAAUGCUGUAAAUCUUGUCA